AUGUCUCGCCUCCACAGCACUUUAAUUCUGCUUCUUUUGCUCCCACCUGUUGUGCCUCUGUUCUGCUAUACAUGUGUGUUCCCUUCCAUUUCCCCACUGGACUGCAUUAAAUAUCCAACCAAAUGUCCACCAGGACAACUGUGUCUCUCCAGUCGAGCCAUUGGACAACGAGGUGAGUUCCAGAUAGUCUUGUAUGAGAAGAGCUGUGUUCUCCCUUCCCUGUGCGGGAUCACUGGAGAGAAGUUUGCCAUGGGCCUGAAUUUUACCUUCACCAAUGACUGCUGUGAGACACACCUGUGUAACAGAGCCAGCACCCCAACAGCUGUCCUGUGGGCCAUGCCUGUUCUCUCUCUCUUUCUCCUCUCACUAACUUAG